CAUCUCUCGGCUGCUGGUUGCUGCCUGUCUUCGACGCAACCUCUUCGUAUACAAAUAGCCAUGGAUACCCCAGGCCCAGCCCCAGCCCCAGCGCCUGAGCCAUCCACUCCCCAGGAUGCUCCCUCGGCCGAGCUCGUAGCCCCGCCCCUGCCUGCUCGCAAGGCCCGUGUCUCCGGCCCGUCGGUGUCGUUCAAGCUCGAAAGCCAUCCAGCCAUCCAGGCCCUGCAGGACAUUCCCUUCAACGAUGUCAAGGUCAUGUUGCUCUCGAAAAAGUCCUUUCUUCUCGUCUCGGCCCUUAGCCGCUCCGAGCCCGUCGACCGGCAGUACUACGACCAUCACGUCGUCGUUCCAAACCCUGCAAAUCCCAAGCAGUUCAUCACCCUCGGAGGAGUGCGAGGAAUAAUCAAAAAGGACCGGAUCAUCAUCGUCGGCGGCGCACCAUCAGAAAGCGAUUUGCUGGCAGCAUGGUCUGGCGAAGUCGAUGCCGGCAAGGGCCGCCAGACCAUCUGGUCCACGAUCGACAUGGACUCGUCCGAAACAGACUAUCCCUCCAUCGCUUGUGUGGGCGAGGAGCCCGUUGUCGUCCAGAUCCCGGGAGGCAGCGACUCAAUCCUUGCCCUUGAGGUCAAACGCAGCAUCAUGCCCGAGGAUCUGGCGCACUCAAAAGGAGCAGCAUCCGGAAACGCCGCCGGUGACUCGCCGGCUGCUCGUCCCUCCAGCACGGGCGAGCCGGCAGCCGCCAGACCAUCAACAGCCACCGAGGAGUCGAAUCUGCUCGCCAACAUUGCCAGCGCCAUCUUUCCCCAGAUCGACAGCAACAUCCCGCCUCGAUUGGAUGAUCUGCCGGAGCUGCACUCCGAUAUCUCAUAUCUCUUCUUCAUGUCCGUCGUCAAAGAGGAGCCGCGCUCAGCCUUUUUGAUCAACCAAAUCAACAGGCUCUCGGGCGAUGCCGCUCUGAUGGGCCGCUGGAACUCAUCGCCAAAGUCGAUUCAGACCCUCGUCACUGUAUUCCUGGACCGGCUGCAGAAACCCUGCAAGGAGCUCUGUACCUAUCUCAAAAUGGACGAGGUGAUGCAGCAGCAUUUCAACCAAGGGCUGGAGAACUAUGUUUUGGCCAAAUCAUACGAGGCCUCGUUCGGCCCGAUUCGUCAACGAGAGGCCGCUAACGAUCUCAUCAUUCAGCGUCGCAUCUCGCUGCUGAACCUGGCAUCCUUUGCACCUCAUCAUCUGGAGCUGCCCAAGCUCAUGGAGGACUCUCUGAACAGCAUCAAGCAUCGCCUGGGAAUGGAGCUACUCAAGUGCGACUCGUUGGGGGUCACACCCAAGUCCAAACUCGACCACAUUGUCAGGUGCCACCAGAUUAUCACGAGAUAUCUUCUGGCAAGCUGCUGGACAGGAACGAGAGCCCCAAAGCCGAGGAUCCCAACAAAUCCGGUGCUGAUUUGCUCCUGCCUGUGUUGAUCUACUGCAUCAUCAAGGCCAACCCCCCUCGACUGCUCGCCAACAUCCGGUACAUCCAAGAGUUCAAC